AUGCCAUGUCGUACUGUGGGACAUGCAGUAAAGAUAUCCAAUAAUGGAUACCAAAUUGAUAUUGAUCAUGCACAAGGAAGACUUUAUACGGAGUGCGAGAAUAUGACACAAUCAACGUGCUCUAUCGAGUUGACAAAAUCUGUUUCAUUUCAUGGUAUCAAUGGACGAGCGGAACUUCGAUGUAAAAAAAGUUGUAAGUUUUUUUAUCAUAAAGAGCCCAAAUUCUAAUGCAACGCGUAUCAAAGUCGUUAACUUGGUUAUAUCAAAUUCAGACACUGUAACUGAGCUUCACGAAGGAACCAGGUCGGAAUUAGUAUUUCAAAACAUGUUGGUCAUAGAUAACCUUUACGCUAUAUACAGCAAAUAUUCGAUUGCAUGACUGUUCCAUUAUGAUAACCAACUCGAGUUUCGAGCAUAAUUUUCACUGGGGAAUUCAACUGCGAUGUGCCAAUCUCACCUUUUUUACAAACUCCAGUACCUUCAAAUUAACUCCUGUACAGUCCUUGACAAAUAUUGCUGAAAAGCCAAGACGCUGGAAAAAAACAGAGAUUUUGGUCCGAAAUACGAUCUUUGACGGUAGAAAUGUUCAAAAAUGCGUCUCAAUGCUCACGAUAAAGCCAUUUGCAGCCAUAUUCAAUGUUACAAUAACUGACUCAGAGUUCAAAAAUCAUGUUGCCAUUUGUAGGUCCAAAUACACAAAUCAGUUUUCUAUAUUACGACCAUCAGUCAACACCUUGUGGUCUAACUCAAACUGUAUCCGAAGCGACAAGAACAGUAAAUACUGCUUGUUCUACAACAACAACAUGCCUUGAUCUUAUAUUCACCAAUAAUCCUGAACAAAAUAUGUCUAAUUGUAAAGUUAUUUCUUUAGGUUUUACCGAUCACGAUCUUACGGUACUGUCGAUAAAGUCUAAAAUUCCCAAAGGACCUUCGAAAGUGGUUUACAAACGCAGUUAUAAGCAUUUUUCUGCAGAGAAAUUUAUUAAUGACUUGAAACUUAUUCCGUUCUGGUUGGUUGAAUCGUCGGAUGACCCUAAUGAGGCACUUGAUACAUUUCUUAAUCUGUUCAGAGAUAUUGCGGACAUUCAUGCCCCUAUUAGGUAAUAUACAGUUAAAUCAAAACCCGCUCCUUGGAUAACUCAAAAUAUUCGCGACUUAAUGUUGAUGAGAGAUGCAGCAAAACGUGAGGCGAAGGUCUCUGGUUUUCCUUCUGACUGGGCGGUUUAUAGGAAGUUGAGAAACCAUGUCGUUAAGGUUAACUGAGAAAGCAAAAGAGCAUAUUUUCUUGAAGCUAUUAAUAAUAGCAAAAAAGAUCCAAAGUCAAUGUGGAAGACAAUAAACAAUUUGUUAGGACGCUCAAAUUGUCCAAUACCAACUUAUGCAGAGAGUAAUGGUGAAAUUUACACAAAACCUAAAGAUAUUGCCAAUCAUUUCGCAAAGUUCUUUAAUGAAAAAAUAAAGAAAAAUAGAUUUGAGAUGUCCAACCCGAUAGAUACGGAGUAUGUAACUAAAUCAAUUACCGAAAUAAUGACUGGAAAAAACUGUCGGUUUGAGUUCUCAUCUUUAAGUCUUUUAGAAGUUCACAGCUGCCUUGCUAAGCUUCCAGAUACUAAAGUGACAGGCGUAGACGGCAUUGAUAAUUUUUUUACUUAGAAUUGCGUCGAAUAUCAUAGCGAAACCUAUUAGAUACAUUUUUAACUGUUCAUAUGCGAAGUCAAUAUUUCCUGAUCAAUGGAAAGUAGCUAAACUACACCCGAUUCCCAAAGAUAAGAAACAGCCUUUUGAAGAUAUAAAUAGUCGACCCAUCAGUCUUCUAAAUGUAUUAAGUAAACUGCACGAAAAAUUUGCGCAUAAAGAAAUCUGUCACUAUGUCUCCGAACAUAACUUAAUGCUCAAGAAUCAACAUGCAUAUAGAAUCAAUCAUAGCACUGAAUCAGCACUUUUACAUCUGACUGACAGUUGCCUUGACAACAUGGAGAAUGGUAUGCUUACUGGUGCUGCUUUGUUGGACUUUUCAGCUGCUUUCGACCUGAUUGAUCAUAAUUUGCUGCUUCUGAAAUUGAAAUGUUAUAACUUUUCAGAUAAUGCGAUUAACUGGAUCCAGUCGUAUUUAAGUGGGAGAACCUCAACCGUAUAUAUCAAUGGUGCUUUUUCUAAUCCGAUCGAGAUGACUUGUGGGGUGCCACAGGGUAGUUGUCUUGGCCCACUGCUCUUCAGUUUGUUUGUUAGUGAUUUACCAACAGUCCUAACUACAGCUGAUAUCACCUUGUACGCCGAUGAUAGCACUCCGUUCCAAUCUGGACAUAACGCCAGACUCAUAUUAGAUAAACUUCAACUUGACUUAUCUAAAGUUGAAUUAUGGGUCUCGAAGAAUCGUCUUGUUCUUAAUGCUGAUAAAACAAAUAGUAUCCUUAUUGGAAGUCGGCAGAAGAUUAAAUCAGCUCCAUCGCUUAACUUAUCCAUUAAAGAUAAAAUCAUUGAACAACUUCCAUGUGUAAAACUCCUUGGCGUCCAGGUUGACGAGAACUUAAGUUGGAAGCAGCAUUGUGAAGAUAUACUUAAAGAUUGUUCCAAAGCUCUUGGCUUACUGUUCAAGUUCAGCAGAUAUAUUCCAUCUUUUAAAGAUUAUCGCUGA